UUAACUCCACAUUUCUUAUUUUUUUAUUCUAGACAAGUUAUAAUAAUGACGGCGUUCGAGGAAAUGGGUGUUUUGCCAGAAAUUGGAAAGGCAGUCGAUGAUAUGGAAUGGGCACUACCAACUGAUGUCCAAGCUGAAGCUGUUCCAUUAAUUUUGGGUGGUGGAGAUGUAUUGAUGGCUGCAGAAACUGGCAGUGGAAAAACUGGUGCCUUCUGUCUACCAGUUUUGCAAAUUGUAUGGGAAACUCUAAAACAGUUAGAAUCUGGUAUAACAAGUAGUAGUUCUGCAGGACACCAUCAAUACUCUAAACAUUGGUCAUUGAGUUUAUUUGAUAGAGGUAGAGCAUUAGCUAUAACUCCAGAUGGUUUAAGAUGUCAAAGUCGUGAACAAAAAGAAUGGCAUGGCUGCAGAGCAAACAAGGGAAUUCAUGGAAAGGACAAAUAUUACUUUGAAGCUAUAGUAACUGAUGAAGGAUUAUGCCGUGUAGGCUGGUCUACAUCUCAAGCUUCAUUGGAUUUAGGAACAGAUAAAUUUAGUUUUGGCUUUGGUGGUACUGGUAAAAAAUCACAUGCAAAACAAUUUGACAAUUAUGGAGAGUCUUUUGGAAUGCAUGAUGUAAUUGGGUGCCUCUUAAAUUUAUCAGCUGGUGAAAUUAGUUUCACAAAAAAUGGUGUAGAUCUGGGUGUAGCAUUUACUCUGAAUGCACAACUAAAAUCAGAAACCUUUUAUCCAGCUGUAGUGCUGAAAAAUGCAGAAAUGUCAUUUAAUUUUGGGGCACAGCCAUUUAAACAUCCACCUCCAUUCAAUUAUGUAGCAGUAGCCUCAGCUCCAAAGGAAGCUAUAAGAGAAAAUCCCGUAAACAGCACUCAAACUCAAAGCAAAAGUGAUGGCAAACCUAAGAGUAAUGCCCCUCAAGCUAUAAUCUUAGAACCCUCUAGGGAACUUGCAGAGCAGACUUAUAAUCAAAUUCAAAAAUUUAAAAAAUAUUUGAAAGAUCCUGCUGUUAAAGAAUUGUUAAUUGUUGGUGGUGUUAGUGUUAAAGAACAAAUAGCCACAUUAAAUUCUGGUGUGGAUAUAGUAGUUGCAACACCAGGGCGUUUAGAAGAUUUAAUACAGGGUGGUUAUUUGUCGCUAACACAUUGCAGAUUUUUCAUUUUAGAUGAAGCUGACGGUCUAUUGAGAUCAGGGUACACGGAAUUAAUUGAUCGUUUGCAUAGACAAAUACCGAAAAUUACUUCAGAUGGGAAAAGAUUGCAGAUGAUCGUCUGUUCAGCAACAUUGCAUGCAUUUGAAGUAAAAAAGAUGGCAGAACGUUUGAUGCAUUUCCCGACAUGGAUCGAUUUAAAAGGUGAAGAUGCAGUACCCGAAACAGUGCAUCAUGUUGUUGUAAUGGUAGAUCCGCAAAAGGAUAAAUCUUGGCAUAACUUAAGAAAUCAUAUAGAAACUGAUGGUGUACACAGUAGAGAUAAUAUAACACCUGGUUCCUCUAAUUCAGAGACAAAUUCAGAGGGUACAAAAAUAUUAAAAGGCGAAUACUGUGUUCGUGCUAUCGUAGAAAACAACAUGAACCGAGCUAUUAUUUUCUGUAGAACCAAAUUAGAUUGCGAUAAUUUGGAACGGUAUCUGAAACAGAGCCGUGGAAAUAAUUUUUCAUGUGUAUGUUUACACGGUGAUCGAAAACCUCCCGAGCGUAAAUCUAAUUUAGAAAAAUUUAGAAAAGCAGAAGUAAAGUUCUUGAUUUGCACCGACGUUGCAGCUAGAGGCAUAGAUGUUACGGGAGUACCUUUCUGUAUUAACAUGACUCUACCUGACGAUAAAUUCAACUAUGUGCACCGUAUAGGUAGAGUUGGUAGAGCUGAAAGAAUGGGUCUGGCUAUUUCUCUAUGUAGUGCAGUUCCUGAAAAGGUGUGGUAUCACGGCGAAUGGUGUCCUAAUCGCGGAAGAAACUGUUACGAUACCAGGCUUACCGACCAAGGUGGUUGCUGUACUUGGUAUACCGAACAAAACUAUCUAGCUGAAAUUGAAGACCAUUUAAAUAUCACAAUUGAAAUAGUUGAUAAAAAUAUGCGCAUUCCAAUUAGUGAGUUCGACGGAAAAGUUGUGUACGGUCAAAAGAGGCAAUCCACGGGUUCAAAAUAUCAAAACCACGUUCAACAAAUGGCGCCCUACGUGUCGGAAUUGUCUUCCUUGGAAUCACAAGCACAAUUUUUGUAUUUGCAAAGGCAUAUGACAAAAGCAGCGAAUUAGAUCUGCUAUGCUCGCCGAAUGAAUUGUUCAACCUUCGAAUAUCGUAUUUUAGUAUGUUAUACUAGUGUUUGAAUAAU